AUGGGAUCGGAGGAUAAUUGGAGAACUUCGAACUUUCGGCAAAGCGUUGUCUCAAAGAUAGAGGAGGUAAUCCAGCGUUCAGGCAUGCAAGUGGCCCGCAACAGCAGCGAGAUGGAAAACCAUGUGUACAUGAAAGCUAAGACAAGAGAAGAGUAUAUGAAUAUGGUUGCCAAACUCAUAUUGCAUGUUAGGGAGAUGUCGCAACCAAAACAAAAUCAAGCAGGAACAGCAAUGCAAGGGCCUAACCAGAAUCAAGCAGGCCCAAACCAACAAGUCCAAUCACAACCUGGCCAAGUACCACAAGGACCAAAUAGUCAAACUGGUCUUGCACCCGAUCCUAUAAACGCAUUGCAGAAUCUAGCUUCACAAGGUACUAGGAACCAGAUGAUGAACAUGGGCCAGGGACAAAUGCAACAGCAAGGGGUGCUCGGUCCAAAUCCAGGCAUGGCUGGGUUGCAGGCUCAAAUUGGGCAGCAAGGCCCAAUUGUGUCGCAAGGAGGCCCUCAGUCACAAACAGCAACUAACCUCCUUCAAACUUUAAACCAGAGGCCUCAGUUGAAUAUGCAACUGCAAAAUAAACUGAGUAUGGGAAUGGUACCAAAUCAGAAUCAAAUGGGAAAUAAUAUGGUGUCAAUGGGAGGAAUGGGGAAUCCUAUGGGGAGUCAGUUGCAGAAUCAAUUGACAGGACCUGGAAUGCAGGGGCAAAUGAUGCAAAACAUGUCAAUGUCUAACACAAUGCAAGUACCACUUUCUGGUGCUAAUACUAUGGGAGGCCAGAUGCAAUGUAAUCAGGUUGUUGGAGGUAUGGGAGGACAAAUGGCGCCUAAUUCCAUGCAAGGACAGAUGUCAGGGCAAAUGGUUGGUGGAAUGACUAACAACCAGAUGGUGAACAUGAAUAUGCUACAUAUGCAAGGCCGUGUAGGCAACAAGCCGGAAGUUGUGGGUGGUAUGUUAAGCGCUGGCUACCCUCCGUCUAGAGCUCCACCACCCAAUCAGUUUCUACGUCAGAGUCCUUCACCCUCUGCCUCAUCUCCUAACAUGGGUGGCCCAAGUCCAGUUUCUAUGGGUGGCAGUGUAUUGAGUGGUGCGUUAUCUUCCCCAAUGUCUUCGCUAGGUGCAAUGGGAGCUUGCGGAGGUGUUGGAAGUCCCUCGCCAUCCACAUCCGCACAUCUCGCACAUCAUGCCCCACAGCAACAGCGCGGUGUAAACAUGGGCAUGGUGGCGUCGCCAUCGUCGUCCCUGAAUACCCCCUUGGGUGGAGGGGUCGCAUCUCCUAGCGGCGAGGACGCCGUGUACCGCGAGAAAGUGCGCCAGCUCUCUAAAUACAUCGAGCCGCUGAGACGCAUGGUGCAGCGUAUGGUCAACGAGGGCGAGAAUGUGGAAAAACUAACAAAAAUGAAGAACUUACUGGAUAUUCUGUCAAACCCCAAUAAACGAAUGCCCCUGGAGACACUGAUUAAGUGUGAAGUGGUGCUCGAGAAGUUGGACUUCAAGCGUAGCGAGAGUGUGGGAUUAGGCUUGCCUGCCACUACUGGGAAGCAGGAACAAAUCUUCAAUCCGUUACUGGAAGUCGUGAAUAACUGCCUUCAAUCGCCGCUAGCCAACCACACCCUCAAGCGCACAUUUGGAUCCACUUUAGACGCACUUAAUGGACCUGAGAUUAAAAAUCUACCUCCACCACACAAAAUGCUGAAAUUAGAUGAACCAACAAUGGAAAUUCCUGAUGUUUUACAAGGCGAAAUAGCUAGAUUAGAUUCUAGAUUUAAGGUAUCGCUGGAGACUAUGCAGCUGUCGGGUGGCAGCGGCGCCAUCUCGUUGGUGGCGCAGCUGGACGACGUGAGGCUGCCGUGCGUGCCUGCCGUGCACGUGGCCGUGCCGCGCGACUACCCCGUGCACGCGCCCGCCCGCCUGCGCACGCGUACGCCGCGCGCCGACGCACACCGCGCCUUUCUUGCGCGCGUCGACCAAGCCAUGGAUGCGCGCUGCGCCAGAUUACCAAAAAGUUGUUCUGUUGGACAACUGUUAGACGCGUGGGAGAUGAGCGUGCGACAAGCCUGUGCCCCCAGCCCGGUCUCCUAUACGCCCGUGCCCGCACUCGGCCUGUGA